AACUUUCAUCGCAGAUAGUGACCAUUCAGCAUCCGUACCUCCCCUCUUUUUUAUUUAUUCUCCUCUCUAUCCCUCUCCGCAACAAAGCCAAUUUUCAAAGCCUCCAACCAUUCGACCAAUAACACAAUGACGUCCACUUCUCUAGCUUUUCCUUCCCUGCUACCAAAAUUUCAAUCUCCCAGAAGACCACCAAAGCCCUCCCUGCGUCGGAUUGUAGUCCGUCCCAUCUCUGCCUCGGUGUCUGAGACACCAUCUGUGUCCGUCCAACCAGUGGCGCCCCCCGAACCCACCAAGCUUCCGAUCCGAAAAGUCCCUGGAAACUAUGGCAUACCUUUUGUAGGUCCAAUCGGGGACAGGCUUGACUACUUUUAUAAGCAAGGCCGUGAAGAGUUCUUUAAAUCACGCAUGCAAAAGUACCGAUCAACAGUGUUUAGAGCCAACAUGCCACCCGGUCCUUUCAUAGCUUCCGACCCACGGGUAGUGGUUUUACUCGACGGCAAGAGCUUUCCCGUGCUCUUUGACGUCACAAAGGUCGAAAAGAAAGACCUUUUUACGGGGACUUACAUGCCAUCCACGGAGCUCACUGGGGGUUACCGAGUCCUCUCGUAUCUUGACCCGUCGGAGCCGAGCCACGGCAAACUCAAGCACCUCCUGUUCUUCCUCCUCAAGUCCCGCCGCGACCACGUCAUACCCGAGUUCCAUUCUAGCUACGUGGAGCUCUUCGAGGGCCUCGAGAACGAGCUCGCAAGCAAAGGAAAAGCCGCUUUCGGAGACGCCAGUGAUCAAGCCGCUUUUAACUUCUUGGCUCGUGCACUUUACGGCACGAACCCGGCCGAGACCAAGCUCGGAAUCGACGGGCCAAGCCUGGUCCAAAAAUGGGUACUCUUUCAGCUCGCCCCUCAGCUCACUCUAGGCCUCCCUGUGCCUUUGGAGGAGCUCCUCAUCCACACCUUCCGUCUCCCUUCAUUUCUUGUCAAAGCCGAUUACCAGAGGCUCUACGACUUCUUCUACGAAUCCUCUGGAUUCGUCCUCGACGAGGCCGAGAGAUUAGGCGUCUCUAGAGACGAAGCUUGUCACAACCUACUAUUCGCUACUUGCUUCAAUUCCUUCGGAGGCAUAAAGAUCUUCUUCCCCAACAUGAUCAAGCUCAUCGGUCGAGCAGGAGUCAAGCUCCACACGCAGCUGGCGCAGGAGAUCCGAUCGGUCAUCAGAUCCAAUGGCGGAAAAGUCACAAUGGCCGCCAUGGAACAGAUGCCCCUGAUGCAGUCGGUUGUGUAUGAAUCACUUCGGAUAGAACCGCCGGUACCACUCCAAUACGGGAGAGCCAAGCGCGACCUCAUCAUUGAGAGCCAUGACGCAGCUUUCAAAGUUAAGGAAGGCGAAAUGAUAUUUGGUUAUCAGCCAUUUGCAACCAAGGACCCCAAGAUAUUCGAAAGAGCCGAAGAGUUCGUGCCAGGCCGGUUCGUCGGAGAGGGUGAGAGAUUGCUCAAGCACGUGCUUUGGUCCAACGGGCCAGAGACCGAGACACCAACGGUCAUGAACAAGCAGUGUGCUGGGAAGGACUUCGUGGUCUUAGUGUCGAGGCUUCUUGUCGUGGAAUUGUUCCUCCGAUACGACUCUUUCGAGAUCGAGAUCGGUACAUCAGUGUUGGGGGCCUCCAUUACCCUAACGUCUCUCAAAAGAGCCACCUUUUGAUCAUUGUGAUUACUUUUCUGGAACUUGUUAUAUUUUAUUUGAUUUUUAUUCAUCCCAAACUAAUAAUCUAGAGCGAAAAACUCUAGAAUAAACAACAGUCGAAUGGUUGAUGCAGCAAUAACAAAUUGCUCUAAAUUUACUACA